UCGUCAAACGCAAAGUGAGGAUCCCCUCCGAUCCCCUCCACGCCAGAGAGCAUCGGCAUGAAUCAAAAUUGUAACUAAUCAUCACAGAUUAAACAUGUGUAGCCUGCUCCUCACGCUGUGCAGCUUUAGGUAAGACUGACAGUGAGGUAGGGAAGUAGUUUGGGAGUUAAAACUCAGUACAGGCUACGUCAUCACUCGUUACUUUCACUUUGCUUGAGCUCCUCUGUUUACAAACAGCGUGCCACAGCCAAAAGCAGGUGUUUGCAGUGAUGCAAGUGGCAGUGCAAGAAAUCAACAUCUCCUCAGAGCCUGAGUGCCAAUGUACCUACUUCCUGCGGGUGGACUGGGAGGGGCAGGACCUAGGAUCAGGGUUCCAGUUGCUGCUGACUGAUGGACAGGAUGCCUGGAGAGGAGAAGUGAGUGAGGCGGCAGUGUGUAGUGAGGCUGAGGAGUUGGAGAUGCAGAAGGAGAGGUACAUCCAAGACCUUCACCAGGCUCUGACCGGGACAGAAUCCUCCGUCACUUACAGCUUCAUCCUGACGCCCUGUCCGCCAAGCUCCAGCUCCAGUAUCACCCUCGCCUACGAGAAGGUGCAGAGGGACAUCUCUUUCAGGUUGGGUUCUGUUUUGCUGAACGCAGUCCCAGAGCCAGCGGAGACUGUGAGGGAGUUACUCAUGCACAGUCUGAAGAAGGGGAAAACACUGCAGCGCCACAACCAGAAACUCCAGGAGGAGAACCAGAGACUCCAAAGCGAGCAACAGCACAUCACCGCAGAGCUGAAGCGCUAUGCAGUUGGUAAGGAGGUCCUCGAGGCAGAGCUGUACUCGCGGUUUGUCCUCGUCCUCAACGAGAAGAAAGCUAAGAUUCGCAGUCUACAGGAAGCUGCCACACGCCUACAAGAAGCCAGGAGCUUGGAAGGGCAAAAGAAGAAAGAUCCAGAACGAUCCCGUCAAACACCAGGGGAGGAGAGGGUGGUUCAAGAGGAUGAGUAUGGAGGCAGUACUGAUGAAGAGCCUCAGGGAGCCCAGGCUGCCCCUGCCCCAACAUUACCGUCCAGGGGUAAGGACACUGAAGAAUCCCACAGCCCAAGUCCAUUGGGUGACAGCCUGAGUGACAUUACAGAUGUUGCACCAUGUCGCAAGAGGCGCAUUCGUCAGCUCAGGGCCCCGGAGUCCGUGGCUAAGCGAGCAAACCCACAGACAUCCCAGAGAAAAAGGAGUGACUCCCCUGUGGUGGCCAGCACAGCAGCCAAUAAGCAGCAGACACCCCAGCGCUCCACAGAUGCUGCGGCAACACACCCAACUACAGACGACCUGUUUGAGGACUUUUGACCCUUUACUUCCCAGCUAUCUCUUUGAACAACUGUCCCAUACAGAGACAUUGAUUUAUACUGUAAAAUUAUUUUUAUAAUAAAUUAUCUUCAGUACUUGACCUGCUUCUGGAAAACUUUGGGUCAUAAUAACAUUUUAAUUAACAAGUUUAAAAAAAAAAAAAAAUGAUGUAAACCCAUAGUUCUCCAGAAUCACUGAAGACAAAUAGGAAUAUUAUAGGACAAAUAGGAAGUAUUUUUAUCCCAUUGUUUGUUGAUAGUCUAUAUUUUGCAACAAGCUUUUAUGAAUUUAGUGCUGUAUUUAAACUGAAUGGAUGAGUCCUUUUUUUUAUUAUUGUGAUACUGCUUCUUGGCUGUGAUGACUAAUAAAAAGUGUAAACUCGA